AUGGAAGUCGUAGAUAAGAACAAAAAAAGGAAUGCUGAAAAUUAUGAGGAUUCCACUGAUAAGCGGUCAAAUGAGUCUGGGUUACUGAAAAGUAACCAAGAACACUCGAGCAAGCGCCAAAGAGUUGAAGUAACUGAUAAUCCUUAUUUAGCGCACCGUCAACUUAACAAAAGUCCACUUGAUGGCUGGUUUCCAGGAAGAACUACUGCUGAACAAGCCCGAAUAGCUGAAGAUGGUGAAAUAAAUCCUUUCACAAAUAAACCUUUCAGUAAGCGAUAUCGUGAACUUUUAAAAGCUCGGCGAACCUUACCAGUACACGCACAAAGAAAGGAAUUUCUUGAUCUGGUUCAUGAAAACCAAUUUGUCGUAUUUGUUGGUGAAACUGUUGCUGCUAUGUCUGUAGCUCAACGUGUAGCUGAUGAAAUGGACGUGAAGCUUGGUGAAGAGGUCGGAUACAACAUCCGUUUUGAAGAUUGUUCGGGGCCCAAAACUAUGUUAAAGUAUUUAACAGAUGGUAUGCUUUUGCGUGAAGCUAUGAAUGAUCCAAAUUUAGAAAAAUAUUCUGCUAUUAUUCUCGAUGAGGCACAUGAGCGUACCCUAGCAACUGAUAUUCUUAUGGGUUUAAUGAAGCAGACCGUUCCAGGUAGGACCUUUCCGGUGGAGAUUUAUUAUACACCUGAAGCUGAACGAGAUUAUCUUGAGGCUGCUAUUCGUACGGUUAUGCAAAUUCAUGAAUAUGAACCACCUGGUGACAUUUUAUUAUUUUUAACUGGUGAAGAAGAAAUUGAAAAUGCUUGUUUAAAGAUUCGCACAGAGAAUGAAGAGUUGAUGAAAAGAUCCGAUCUAGGAACAUUAAAAGUCCUCCCAUUAUAUUCCUCGUUACCACCUCAACAACAACAAAGAAUUUUCGAAGACGCACCACCACCCCGCACUAAGGACGGAAAACCUGGUCGCAAAGUUAUUGUAUCAACAAAUAUUGCAGAAACAUCUUUAACUAUUGAUGGUAUUGUCUAUGUUGUUGAUCCUGGCUUUAGCAAACAAAAAGUUUAUAAUCCUCGUAUCCGCGUCGAAUCGCUGCUUGUAAGCCCUAUUAGUAAAGCUUCUGCUCAACAAAGGGCUGGUCGUGCUGGUCGUACGCGUGCAGGAAAAUGUUUCCGCCUUUACACUGAGAAAGCAUUUCUUAAAGAAUUACAAGAACAGACAUAUCCUGAAAUUUUAAGGAGCAAUCUGGGCAGUGUAGUCCUUCAAUUAAAAAAGUUGGGAAUAGACGAUCUUGUACAUUUUGAUUUUAUGGAUCCUCCAGCUCCAGAAACAUUGAUGCGUGCUCUUGAGCUUCUAAAUUAUCUUGGAGCUCUUGAUGACGAUGGUAAUCUCACUGGCGAUGGAAUUUUAAUGGCCGAGUUCCCACUUGAUCCUCAACUGGCAAAAAUGUUGAUAGAAAUGCCAAAUAUUUUCGUCCGACCUAAUGAAUCGAAAAAGCAAGCUGAGGAUGCUAAAGGAAAAUUUGCACACACUGAUGGAGAUCAUUUAACUUUAUUGAAUGUUUAUCAUGCUUAUAAAACUAAAUGGUGUUAUAACAAUUAUCUCAGUGCUCGAUCUUUGAAAUCGGCUGACAAUGUCCGUCAGCAACUCAAGCGCAUUAUGGAGCGUUGUGACCAAGAUUUGGUUAGCACACCAUUUGAGGAUAGAAGUUAUUAUACAAACAUUAGGCAAGCUUUGACGGCGGGAUUCUUUAUGCAAGUUGCACAUUUGGAAAAAUCAGGCCAUUAUUUGACAUGUAAAGAUAAUCAGAAUUAUGGCAUGAUAGAAGAAGACUUGUAUAGAUCAGGUCAACCGAACGAAUUAAAUUUUCCAUUUUUAGAGAAACUUGGACUAAAGACAGUGGUAUGGCUUGCUUCUGAAGAACCAAAUCAAAGAUUUUUAGAUUUUAUCGAUGAUCAAGAAAUUAAGUUUCACAAUCUUGGCAUUGUUGGCGUAAUGUCUUCAGUAAGCGCUUGGGAUCCUAUUACUGAAGAGGUUGUUGUGGAAGCAUUAGGACAUAUUCUAAAUCCACAUAAUUAUCCAAUGAUCGUUAUGUGCAAUUUAGGAAGGCAUAGGACAGGUACAAUUGUAGGAUGUUUGCGUAAACUUCAAAAGUGGAAUUUAACAUCAAUCUUUGAAGAAUAUCGACGAUAUGCGGGACCAAAAGUUAGAGUUUUAAAUGAACAAUUUAUUGAGUUAUUUGACACUGAUUUAGUCAGAGUUCCUGUGAACAGGCCUAAAUGGUUGUGA